CAGGGUUGUCAAGGUAUAGAAAGAAAAAAACAAAAGUGGCAGAUACAGCAAACACAUUCACACAUGCUUUGGCAGUCGUGUCACUGGGAGUAAUUGUCACUCCAAAGUAACUUCGCUUUAGACAACAUGGACGAAACAGCCACAACGAGUGGAGGAACAACAGCAGGUCCCUCAUCAUCCACUGUUACUGAGGACAAGACACAAGUCACAAACACGAAGAGAAUAGUCAUCUUGGGUAAAACAGGAGCUGGGAAAAGCAGCCUGGUUAACACCAUAUUUGGAGAGAAACUGUUCAAGAUCGAUCAUACUUUCAGUGCAGGAACAAAAGAAUGUCGAGCAGAAACCAGAUCUGUCAAUGGAAGAAACAUCACUUUGAUCGACACUCCUGGUUUCUUCGACACAAAUAGACCUGAGGAGGAGCUGAAGCGUGCGAUAGUGAGGAGUAUCGUAGAGUGUGCUCCUGGGCCUCAUGCUUUUCUCAUUGUGCUUAAAGUGGAGAAAUUCACAAAGCACGAGGAGUCUGUCAUAAGCAAAAUUUCUGAUGGUGACCAGAAUGGAAGAAACAUCACUUUGAUCGACACUCCUGGUUUCUUCGACACAAAUAGACCUGAGGAGGAGCUGAAGCGUGCGAUAGUGAGGAGUAUCGUAGAGUGUGCUCCUGGGCCUCAUGCUUUUCUCAUUGUGCUUAAAGUGGAGAAAUUCACAAAGCACGAGGAGUCUGUCAUAAGCAAAAUAAAAAACAGCUUUUCUGAUGAUGUCUUCAAAUAUGCAACAGUUGUAUUCACUCAUGGUGACCAGCUCGAUGAAGAACAGACAAUUGAGGAUUUGGUGUGCCAGAAUCAGCUUGUGAGUGAUCUGGUGGAGAAGUGUGGAGGUCGCUGUCACGUCAUUGAUAAUAAAUACUGGAAUGGAAAGCCAGAGGAUGAAUACAGAUGCAACCAGUUCCACGUGGAGGAGCUACUGAAGACAAUAGACAACAUAACUGAGGCACACCAAGGAGGCUGCUACACAAAUGAGAAUCUAAAAGCAGUGGAGAGGGAAAAACAACAAGAGGAGGAGCACAUUCGACAGUCAUCGGGAAACAUUUCAGAGGGAGAGAUCAGAGAGCAGGCUAAGGGCAGCGUGUUUAAAAAGCUUUUGAAAAAACUGGCACAUAUUGCAACAGGUGCGUUGUUAGGAGCUUUUUAUGGGGUACUAGGGAGCACAAUUUUAACUCAAGGAACAUCUUUCCAAGCAGCUGGAACUGGAUUAGGCACAUUUGCUGCAGGGGGAGUGGGAGCAAUGUUCGGAGGUAUUGCAGCCUAUGAUGCAACUGACGAAGAAGACACACUACAGGGAGGUACAGAAAGGGCAACACAGACUGUCACAGAUGGAGCCCUAUUUCUCUUAGAUAAAGUACAGGAGGUAGUGGACAAAGUAUCAAAGAUAAAAAAGAGUCAAAAAUGAGCCAUGACUCUUGAAAGGGAAGAUAAUUUAGCAGUUAAAAUUCAUGUCUCCCUGUUAGAUUACUUGAAAUCUUGUUCUAGACCAUCCUUAACAACUGAGCUGAAGUGCAUUUCUUAACUUCAAACUUAAGUUGCUUGUUUCACAAGUGUGUGGGCAGCUGUGGAUCAGGAGGUAGAGCAGCUUAUCCACUGAUCAGAAGAUCGACUGUUUGAUCCCUGGCUUCUCCAGUCCACAUGUUGGACUAAAUCCCAUAUUGCUGUGUGAGUGUGUGAAUGUCUAAACUAAGUAGUGGGUGGCACCUUGUACAGUAGCCUCAGCCAGGAGUGUUUGUGAAUGGGUGAAUGUGACCCUGUAUUGUAACAGUGGAUCUACACAGAGCCUACGCACUUGGCCUACACAUUUGUAAGUUUGUCAAACACACAUUAAACAUGACUUAAUAUCAACCAUAAAUACACCAACUGGCUUCACUGUAACUUGCAAGGCUGAAAGACAAAAGACUUGUCUUUUGCUGGACACAUUUUCACCACAAAUAAAACAUGCUAACAUUAUUAGCACAAGCAUAUGAUAUAUUACAUGCAGAAAUUAAUUAAUAAAUUAACAUGGCGGCUAGCGGACUUUCCUCUACUCACAUGAAGCAAGGAACAACAGCAGCAUUUCACAAAGUUAACAUAAAAAAAUAUGGUUCCAUUGUAACUUGCACAGUUUACCGGCAAAACAAUAUUUUUUUACUUGACAUGUUUUGCCCACAUAAACAUGCUAACAUUAUUAGCAUAAGGCUAUGACAUUUUACAUUACAUAAAUUAGCCUAGUGGCCAGCAGACUUUCUUCUGCACAUAAGAAGUCAAGAUUAUUCACACACAGGACAUAAAAUGCUGUUAUGUGGGGGUUUGUGGUCUUCACAAUUUAUUGCUUCUUAUAUGUGAAAUUAAAGUAAAUUAAAGUUUUGUUUCCACUGAGAGAAAUGGUUCUCAGAUCAUGCAAAUAAACAGAAGGUCUGCAUCGCGACAACGUGCAGUUACAUUUUUGGGGAGGUGAAUAGCAAGCUACGGCACAGGUCCGCUGAGUCUACACUGUAGGUACGGUGUACCUGCUUUAUGGUGCUUUGAGUUGUGGUGCUAUACAAGUGCAAAUCCAUUUACAAACCAAUUUGUUUUUUGUUUUUUAAAUACUAAACUUUAAAUUUCAUAUUGUACAUACAUGUCCAGUCCUUUCUGUUAACCUGUUUACAUCUUAUGAUCCAUACUGGUGAUUUGUUUCAGCAUUGUAUAUAUUUUGGAUUAGAUUUUAUAUAUUUUAUAUUUACAUUCUUUCUAACGUUGUAUUGCAGCUGCUGCACAGCAAUUUCCUUGGGGAUAAAUAAAGUCCUGUCUUAUCAUAAUUGCA